AUGACUAUGUUUGAGAAUGUCACCCGGGCCCUGGCUAGACAGCUGAACCCUCGAGGAGAUCUGAUACCCCUAGACAGCCUCAUCGACUUCAAACACUUUCGUCCCUUUUGCCUGGUGCUGAGGAAGAGGAAGAGCACACUGUUCUGGGGAGCCCGCUAUGUGCGCACCAACCACACUCUCCUGGAUUUGCUGGAGCCGGGCAGCUCCCCCUCAGAUCCGACAGACAGUGGCAACUUUAGCUUUAAGAAUAUGCUGGAUGUCCACGUAGAUGGAGAUGUGGAAGUGCCAAAGGCACUGAAGGUAAAGGGGACUGCGGGUCUGUCACAAAGCAGCACACUGGAGGUGCAGACGCUCAGCGUGGCUCCCUCGGCUCUGGAGAACCUGAAGAAGGAGAGGAAACUGUCAGCAGACCACUCAUUCCUGAAGGAGAUGCGGAAUCAUGAGAAGAACCUGUAUGUGGUGAUGGAGGCGGUAGAAGCCAAGCAGGAAGUCACUCUGGAGCAAACUGUCAACGCAAAUGCCAUCUUCUCUCUCCCCAGCUUUGCCCUACUGGGACUACAGGGAUCCUUGAACAACAACAAGGCUGUAACCAUCCCCAAGGGCUGUGUCCUGGCCUAUCGAGUGAGACUACUGAGAGUCUUUUUUAUCAAUCACUGGGACAUUCCGUACAUUUGCAAUGACAGCAUGCAAACCUUCCCUAAGAUCAGGCGUGUGCCUUGCAGUGCCUUCAUAUCUCCUGCCCAGAUGAUAUCUGAAAAGCCAGAAGAAGAGAAGCUCAUUGGGGAGAUGCACGAAGACUUCAAGACAUUAAAGGAAGAGGUGCAGCGAGAGACUCAAGAAUUGGAGAAGUUGAGUCCAGUGGGGCGAAGCUCCCUACUCACUUCUCUCAGCCAUCUCCUAGGAAAGAAGAAAGAGCUCCAGGACCUUGAGCAGAAGCUUGAAGGGGCUUUAGACAAGGGUCAGGAAAUGACCCUAGAAGCACUCCCCAAAGAUGUCCUGCUGUCAAAGAAUGCUAUGGACGCCAUCCUCUACUUCCUCGGGGCUCUGACAGAGUCACUACGCUUCUGA